AUGAGUACAUAUUUGCCAAACUCUUACCUCCCGGCCCUGCAGCCUACAGGAAUGGGAUCGUUUGGAAGUGGCCAUCCGACUCAAAACGGAAAUGCGUACCACUCAGCCAGACAAAUCUCAGACUACAAUUACACGUCCCCUCUCAACAGUCACAACGUAGCCGCCGCCGCCGCAGCGGCUGCUUACCCGCGUUUCCCUCCUUACAAUCGAAUCGACGUCAGACCCCUAACCACCCAAAGCACGCAGGAUACCACAGCUUACUUAAGACACAGCCAACAGACACAAGUGUCCGUCGAAGCGACAAAUUCUUCGCCGAUACAUCACCCUUGUACACGAGAUUACGCAGGCUCGGUAGGGGAACAUCCUGACAUUCCUCAGUUCACCAGCUGUACACAACAGCCACCACAAGAAACCAAUUUCUGCGACCCACAAACGGACAAACACAAUUUAUCAUCACAUCCUAACACACCGAGUCCAGUUUCGCCAGCGGCUAACACGACGGGUAUAAACAGCAGUGACGGUAGCCCAAACAGUACUGACACAUCAAGUACAAAUUUACCCAUUUACCCGUGGAUGAGAAGUCAAUAUGGUACGAAUAAGCAUUACUAG